AUGGAUUUGAAAAGAUCGCCUUCGCGAAGUCAUUCAAGAUCUCCCAUCACAUCCCCAAAUCUUAACUACCUCUCUUUCCGUCGGUUUCCUGAAUCCUUUCGGGUACCCACGGGACGAACCUCUCGGUAUCCAAGAAGCCACCGUCGAGUCUCUUCCCGCCGUGGUGCAUCACCCCCUAUUUCAGCCGCAAUAUCCCCUUCCGACUCCUCGUCCUACUCGACGUCCUCUUCUUUGACCCCUCCCGAUACCACUGCCCCUUAUCCCAGGGAACGGACGUGCAAAAGACGGGCACCGUCAACUAGAAUAACACGGAAUCGACCUCGGGGAGUUAGUGGAGGUGACGGACAUAGUGGUGUCGUUGUAGAUCGAACGCCCUCUUCGGCAUCUUCGCAUCACCGAAAUCGAUCGCUCGCCCGACAGCGACCAUUGCGUCAGGCUUGUCGUUCUUCUGAUGUCAAAAGCUCCAGUUCCAACUCCACGUUAGAGGAUUCAUGUGACGCAGAUGUUGACGUGAUCUCCGCUUCGUUAUCAGUGCCCAUUACUAUUCGACGUGCAAGCGUCGGACCUGCCGAAUGGCGUCGACGUCGAGGCGCGGCGGCAUCACGCCGCAACUCCGUCCAAUUGAACGCCGCUCUGGACACCGCCACGAGAGAGAGCUCAGAUGACGAGUGCUCUAUAUGCAAGGAUGAGAAGGUCAAUCGCUCCGUCUUACUACCCUGCAUGCACACUUAUUGUUACGCAUGCAUUUCCCAAUGGGUUAGAAUAAACCCUACUUGUCCGCUUUGCAAGGGCACUGCAGAGAGAAUCAUUCAUUCGAUAACUUCGGAUCGACAAUUUUCUGAGGUCAGUGUUGCAACGACUCGAAUGCAUUCGACUUCGGUUUCUCCGACCGGUUUCGUCGGUCAGUUAAUGAGCCCGCAGUUUGAAAUGUACGAAGUCUCACCACGGUUUCUCAAUCGGUCAUUAACCCCAUCUAGUGAUAUUGGACAAGUCUCGGUUCUGCCACCAUUUCAUCCCUCCAUUAACUCAACGACACAGGACCACCACGGCGUCCUCUUGCAUGCAUUUCUUUCCCAAGUCUUUGAUUCAUCCGUCAUUGACCCGUCACUCGUCCGUCGUUUAGUCUACACCAACAACCUCUACACCUUCCCCAUUCCUCCAGCUACUCAAAUGCAGUGUGCGUCGGACCUCCUCACCCGGUCCACUAGCUGUUCCUUCCUUGCUCAAAAUGAGGCUCUGCACACACGCCUGAUAGAUUUUGCUCAGCGAGAAUUAAUCUAUUUGGCGCCCUGGCUCGGGUUUGCUGGUCGUUAUGAAUCGGUGACAACAGCACCUCUUAAUGCGCAUCCACGGCUCAAUGAGGCUGUCGGACGGCUGGCAACGCAGAUCAUACGUCGGGUAGCCUGCUGGAAUGUGCCUAUUUCUCGAGUGUCGGAAUUCGCUGACGCCGUGAGACAAUUAGACCAGGAGUCGCGAAAUGGUGCUGCUUAUUUUGAUGGCCCUCUACUAGCGUCUGUGUCGGAUGCUCAAUUAAGGCACUUUUGUUGGGAACUUUGGCAGUUCGCGAGGUUUUCUGGCACAAUAGACGAGUACUAUAGUAUAAUGUGCCUCUUCAGGGAACACUUUGCACAAGAUUCUCAGUCCGAACUUCCCCCGCCAAUCAACCUCGCCGUUUACACCAGUCCGCGCUGCGGCGCACCUCGACCUGGCAUUGCUCGUCCAUCCGGCCAUUUCAUUGACACUCUUGCAUCAUGGCUUUUUAGUUGCUUUUUUCAAAACCCUGACGGAAGCGGUGUUAUACCUCGCUACUCUGCUCGCAGAUUACUGCAAACUCAAGCAAUCUCAACAGCAUGUAGGCAACUACUUCCUCUCACUCUCCGAGAUCCAUUCGGUCUGAUUAGCGGUAGUCACUCUCUCCCUACGUGUCGACGACGGGCAGCCCGCACACUUUUGGUGCGAUUUGCGGAGCGGCCCUGGCCAAGGCAAGUGUCACAGUUAGCCCUCUGUGAGCUCAUAGAUCAAGCGCGUCUUGUGGGUGCUUCCUCCGUCCCGAGUUUAGUUCAAAACACAGCCAUGCGGCGUUUCGCCAAUCUCACCCUCCUUUUCUCACCGUCACCUUCUCUUCUUUCCGUCGGCACUCCCUUGCCCCGAGUCGAGGACAUCGCUCCUAUGAGCAGUCGAUUCGGUGCGAAUUGGACGUCUCUUAUGCUUUCGCCUACGAGGUCAAGUGCUGAAGGUGGUAUGCAAACCAUCGAGGUGGAAGACGACGACGACGACGUGGUGGAAAUCAUUCACUCCGAGGAAAUUUCUGUGUCGGACAGUGAAGAGCAACGGCAACAACGUCCAGUACAUCAAUCCCCUCGGUGUUGCUCGGUGCACACAGCGCAUUGUUGCUGCUGCAAGCGAAGAACGCCGACUGGAAAUGGAGUCAUAUCACUGUUUGAUGCUUUUAUUCAUUAUUUUCAGCAAAAAGAGCGCAUGACAGCCGCUGACGUUGUUCGUUUAACAAACCAACCUAGCUCACCAAUUGUCAUCUCUGAUGACGAGGACGAAAUUGCUGAGGUAGCCGAGACUGAACCCCAACCUGGGCCUUCCAUGCCACAAGUGGACGAUCCUUCCCCUAGCCAAGUACAAGAUAACGAUUCUACGGAAGACUUGAAGGCAGAAUCGCCUAUUUAUAAACCGAAGACAGCAGACGACUUCUAUGCCUUACUACACCAGCUGAUGAAUGGUGAUAAUAAUGACAGCACCCCCCCUGCUGAGUCUGACGCAUCCAUAAACCCACCCGCUGGAGCGGAGGUCCCCCACGAAUUACCUCGGCCGGCUUCGGCCCCCUAG